GCGUGUCGCAAGGGGGUCGGUUGCUUUUCUUUUUUACGCGUCACCAGUGGGCGCUUCUUCCUGCGCACAUCAUAGAGAGCAGAGCCCGGGGAUGCGCGCAAAGUGAGUAUCGCCCCAGUCAGUGGCGCCACAGCUGUCCUCCGCUCUCUGCUCCCCUCUCUGCUCCUCUCUCUCCGCUUUUUCCUUCCAGGCUGCAUGUUUUAGGAGCGCACACAAGGCAACGAGGAGCUCGAGGAAACGCGUCGCCCCUCAGCCUCAGCCUGCACAUUCAUUCCUGAUCGUUGGAUUAACGGAGGCAGAAGUGGUGCUCGUCCAAUCCCGUCCGAGGGAGCCGAAUUGAGGGACAGAGUGUAAUUUCCCCUCUUGGAGCAAAGAGCGCCUUAUUUCUUUCUUUCUUUCUUUGUUUCUUUCUUCGUUUUUUUUUCUCCCGAGAGUUGCAGUGCAUUGAAGAAGAAAUGCAUCUGAAACACCAAAUCUGACGGAUACUGGACUUACAACUAAAGCAGGUUAAUGAAGAGGAAAAAAUCUGCAUCCUAGGAGCAAUUAAAAUCUUCUAUUCAAGGGAGAGCUUUCCAUUCAGAAGCAAUUGGAUGAGAGACUCAUUAGCCCUCGGCAACUGAAGAUGAUGUUACCAUGGAAACAAAUUGUUCUGCUAUCAAUCACGGGAUGCCUUGCAGCCUGUACAGAGGAUGUCAUAUUUCAAGGGCCAAGAUGGAGGACAGAGCCAAGCGACCUCAUUUUGCCGAUCAACUCCCCGGACCACCAGGCAACUAUCACAUGUGAGGCAGAGGGGAGCCCCCUGCCGCAGUACAGAUGGUCGCUAAACGGAACACUCAUUGAUCUGGGGAGCGACUACCGGCGUCACAUGUCUGGGGGCAGCCUGAUCAUUAGGAACCUGGACAAGGACCAAGACAGUGGGACGUACCAGUGUACGGCGUUCAACACGUGGGGUACCAUUCUGAGCCGCAGAGCCAGCAUCCAGUUUGCAUAUCUUGACAACUUCAAAACACAGUCGGUGAGGAGUGCAGUCAACGUCCGUGAGGGCCAAGGAGUGGUUCUUUUAUGUGGAGCCCCCCCACAUUCUGGAGAGCUGACAUUUGCAUGGAUCUUCAAUGAAUACCCGUACUCCGUCCAACAAGACAGCCGAAGAUUCAUCUCUCAGGAGACCGGCAGCCUGUAUAUAGCCAAAGUUGAGCCCUCAGAUGUGGGCAACUACACCUGUGUGGUUAACAACACUGUCACCAAGCAGAAGGUGCUCAGCUCUCCAACACCUCUGGUCCUCAGGAGUGAUGGUGUAAUGGGCGAAUAUGAGCCCAAAAUCGAAGUUCAUUUUCCCGAUUCGGUUCCCGCUGCAAAAGAAUCGGUGGUCAAACUGGAAUGCUUUGCUCUGGGAAACCCUGUCCCGGAAAUAAGCUGGAGGAGAACUAGUGGUGUCCCUUUUCCCAGCAAAGUCAAAAUGAAGAAUUCAAACGCCGUCCUUGAAAUCCCUAAUUUUCAGCAGGAAGAUGCAGGGACCUAUGAAUGCAUAGCAGAGAACCGGCGGGGCAAAAAUGCAGCUCGGGGUCGCAUUUCUUACCACGCUAAACCUCAGUGGCUCCAGACAAUAACAGACACGGCCGCGUCCAUUGAGGAGAACCUCUUCUGGGAGUGUAAGGCCAAUGGAAAGCCAAAACCAUCCUACAGCUGGCUGAAGAACGGCGAGCAAAUGAUGGCUGAGGGCCGGGUACAAAUCGAAAACGGAGCCCUUUCCAUAACUGCGUUAAACCUGUCAGAUUCCGGGAUGUAUCAGUGUGUGGCUGAAAACAAACAUGGCAGUGUUUAUUCCAGUGCCCAGCUAAUGGUGUUAG